AUGCGCACAACGCGGAGCAAGAGCGGGAUCCUUAAAGAGGGGAAGAAGAGACAGCCUAAGGCCGUGUCUGAUGAUGGGCAAGAGGAGUCCGACAUAGGCACUGCGGCGCCUGAGAGACAGGGCGUGAAGCAAACCUCGAAGCUCAUGUGCAUGCCCCUGGACAUUUGGUUCGAGAAUUGCGGCCGCGCCAGCGUCGACAUCGACUGGCAGCUGCUCAUGCGCGUGUGCGAGCCCUGCAGGAGAGUAUACUCAUUCAACUCCAAAAGGUUCCAGCGCGAAUUUCCCGGCGAGGAUGCGUCCGUCCUGCCCUUGGUUCUCUACACCAAUAUACACCAAGGCUGGGCGUCGCCAACCACCUACUACUGGAGGUCCGACGUCGAGCGCAUGCUCAGAAUCGUGGCGCGAUACAAGGGAGAUAUCGCUGGCAAGAAGCCCGGUGCGGAAGCAGCUUACAAGGAGUUCCGCGAGCGUAGGAUCGCUCGUGUGCUUUCGGUUGUCCAGUCUGCUCCUCAAUACAAGUCCUGGCAUUCAGAAGUACGGUCGGAGAGCUGGCGCGAGCUCGCAAAGUUGGCCGAGGAGCGGAAAUCAGCCAUCCGGGCGCGACUUCUGCAGAUCGGUCAUGACCCUCGGGAUGUUGAACAUGUCAUGACCAACGGCGACAUUGAGGUUGAACGAAAGGAACUCACCGAAGCCUCUUGGCGGCGUAUCAAGAAGAAAUGGGAGACCCAAGUCGCCAAAGCCCGCCGGCGCCGCCUCGCCACGGACCACCCUGGCAUCAUCGGCCAACGAAAGCGCGCCGCUGCCCGGGUGUACAACGAGGUGUACCAUAGAAACGUCGGCCCGCUGGAGUGGUUCACGCUGGAGUGGUUGACGCUGCCGCCGGCCCACGAGGUCAUCAAGCUCGAGCCGCUUUGGGAACCCGUCUACUCCGACGUCGAUGCGGAUGUUCCGGAUGCCGCAUUCCAGAAAGCCCUGCGGGCCUGCGCGAGUGCAAUUAGGAAGCAUAAGAGCGACAACAUCUAUAGUGUGCGACGCGCCUUCGAUGAUGUGCCCAAGGAGGUCAAAAAAGGCGGCAUGCUGCUCAAAGACGCGGGGGUGGAUGUCCUCGAUCUGGCGGUAGCGACCUGCAAGGAGCGAUGGCAUUCAUCUACACCGUUCUCCGAGCAAUGCCUCAGUGCCAAGGAAUACCUCUUCAGGCGGUCGUACUGCAUGAGUGACUGUAAUCCAGAAUACUGCUCAGACCUCUCGGGCGUCGUAGUCGCACUCCUGGACGCAGUCAACCGGUCCCCGGCGACGACGACAUUCGCAGGGCUAGACCAGCUUGAUCCACGGUUCUUCUGCUCCCUUUGCCCACCGCAGGAAAUUGGCGGCACAUGGACGAGGUUGUCCUUCAAAUGGCGUUCCGCUGUGCUUCAUUACAACGAGCAUCACGCGGAAAAGCAGGAAAUCGCGAAGUUCAGAGCUCUGUCCGCAACCGAGGCGGGUCACGCACGCAGGAACGAGAUCCCCGAGCUCGCAGAUGCGAAGACCUGGUCCUGCGCCCAUUGUGGCGAACACCUUGACAAUUGGCAGCGGCAGUGCGACGUUGAGGCGCAUGCGAGGAAAAGACACGAUAUCGCUGCCCCUAAGAUUGGUGCCGAUGUGUUAUGUGUGCCCGUCGUACUCGUGAACGUCAAGCCGGUUCGCGUAUCUGUCGACAGUCCCCUAAAUUCAGUAGCUGACUUCGAUGGAUUUUCGGAGAGGAUGCACGACUUCAGAUGA